AUGCGCUUCCUCCACUUCCUCCCGCUCAUUCUCGUCGGGCUCUACAAGCUCGACCAAAUCCUUCCGAGAUUCUACAUCUUUGAUCCGCAGAGGCUCCAGGAGCUAUCCAAGGCUUCAAUUGAACGGCACCCGAACAAUGUUACGGAAUUGAUGACGGAUCUCAACCAGGCGUUGCGUAUGGAAUACGGGGAUAAGCAUAAAAGGGCCAUAAUUGCUCUCUUUUACUUUAACAGCAACGCUUCAAAUUUUCAUUUGCUAACGCUUUUCCUUUCCCGCAGCAACCACGGAAACGCAAUGGGCGCAAUGCUCAUUCUCCACGCGUCGAUUACCGAAUAUCUUAUCUUCUACGGCACACCUCUCGGAUCCGAGGGCCACUCAGGCGUGCACCUCGCACACGACUACUUUACGAUACUGCAUGGCGUCGAACGACGGUUCUUGCCCGGCGAACUCGAGGCGACGGAAUAUCAUCCUGGUGACCAAAAUUGGCUUAAGAGAGGGGAAAGGAUCGCAGUAUCAGUUGAAUGGUUGGGCGUUAGAGUUAGCGCAAGGUGA